AUGCAGACGCUGGUGGUGGGGCACCUCAACGCAGACUUUGAUUCCCUGGCCUCUUGCGUGCUGGGGCGCCUCCUGCACGGCCCCAAGUUUUGUGCCGAUGCACCAGAGCACAUACCGAUCCUGUAUCCCGACUCGCUGGACCCGUUGGUGAAGGACUGGGUCAACAGGAACGAGGAGUUUCUGGAGUCGCACAACUUCAUCGCCACGCUGGCAUGUCCGCUCGGCGCACAGGCUGUCGCGGGGGCGGCAGCAAGUGCCAAGGACUCCCACAGCGAGGAUGGAGAGGGACCACAGGGGCUGCGCUUGGUGAUCGUCGAUGGCCGGCGCCGCUCGCGCUUCACCCACGCCGGACCACUCCUGGUGCCGCCUGGAACGAAGAAGAACGAGGUGUUUGUUUACGAUCACCACCCGCCCUCGGACGAGGACAUACCGGCCCUGGCGGACCACUGCCUGGUGAAGCCGCUCGGCUCGUGCACCGCACUCCUCUUGCACGAGUUGGCCAAGAAGAUCAAAGAAAAGAAUGGCGAAGUCAAGCCGCCCUACCUCACGCCGGACGAAGCCACCCUGUGCGGGCUGGGCAUCUACAGCGACACGGGCAGCUUCGGGUUCUCGUCGACCACGAAGGAGGACUUCGAGGCUGCCGCGCUGUUGCUCACGCCCGAGUUCGGACCUAUGCGUCUCUCCGAUAUCUUGGACCACCAGCACAAGCUGACCAACGUCGCAAACACCGUCACCACCGCAUACGGAGAUUCUGAGGGUUCCGGCGGCAGCAUUCUCAAACAACUCGAGUGCAAUGCCGUUACACAUACGGUGGGUGAUGAAAAGGCGGUCAUAACGCACAUCGUCGCGCCCAUCUACGUGAACAACUUCUCCGCCUUGGUGCAACGAUUUAUGGACCAGGAGAACAUCCACGGUGCCGUGUUUGGCCUCGGCGUGAUGGAGGACCGGGGAAGGGUCGUGCUAGUGGCUCGGUCCCGGUCACCUUCAGGAAAGAGUAGGAUUGACGUGGGUCGGAUAUGCUCAAGUUUUGGUGGCGGAGGACACUACAGCGCCGCAUCGGCCACGAUACUCGACCUCACUCUGGAGGAGGUGAAGAACCGCCUUUUCGCCCUGGUGGUCUCGCAGGUCGAGCAACACGGCAGUCUGGGCGAGAUGAAGGAUCUCGUUACCAAGGCACCCAUCGUCGCCUACAGGUAG